UUGGUGGUAGUAGCGAAUCCAGUACAUCAACCAACAAGAAAAAGGAUCUCAAAGAAGACACCAAAGCUGACUGAAUUCACCAGUCAGCUGCAGCAGGAGGACGGUUAAAAGAGGAAGACCGCCAUUCCCAAAACAGCCAAGCCCCCAAAGAAGAUGGAAAUGCGUGAAGCGAGGUUAAAGGAAGUGGGAGAGAAGACCAAAACACAGCAACCAUUGUUUAAGGAAAUGCUCGCCUAAUGUCCAAGACAUCCUUGACAAAGACCACAUGACAAGGUUUUAAUAUUUCUAUUUGAAAAACACCCAGGUAUGAAGCAAGAUGGUCGAAACGAGCUAAUGAUUAUGUUGCAGUAAAGUUGAAGGCAUCGAAGGAUUAUAGUUAUAUACCCGACAUGAUGGCAUCGAUCCUGAAGACGAGAUUUGAGGAUACAUGUAUGUACAUGUAUCCAUACAAUGUGUGUCCAGCUAUAAGGGAGGACCACCCAAGACGAAUAGCUCCUAGGUUAGCUCCUAAAUCCCCACCAAAUGUUCGAGACAUCCUGGACAAACACCACAUGACAAGGUUUUAAUAUUUCUAGUUGAAAUACACCCAGGUACGAAGCAAGAUGGUCAAAAUGGGCAACGAUUACAUGUAUAUAGCAGUAAAGGAUUACAAUUAUAUAAGACAUGGUGGCAUCGAUCCUGAAGACGAGAUCCAAUGAUAUGCAGCCAUUCACCGUGCGUCCAGCUAUGAGGGAGGACGACUGUAGACUACUAGCUCCAAGAAUGAAGCUGUGAAGCUGAAGGUGGUCAAGGAUUAUGAGUAUGUUCCGGAUAUGAUGGCAUCGAUCCUGUAGAUGAGAUUCAAUGAUAUGCAGCCAUACAAUGUGCGUCCAGCUACAUUGUAUGAGGGAGGACGACCCAAGACAAAUAGCUCAUAGAGUCAUAGCUCCAAGAUUGAUGCUGUGUGUGAAGCUGAAUCAGGCUGUUUUGUACAAGCUUCUGCUUAUCAAAACAGCCUCAUACUCUACUUAAUACUUUUAUGUUUACUGUUACUUUAAUGUUAUUUUUGCUUUAAUCUGUAGUACAUGUGUAGUAAUUGUCAAUAUUUUUCAUGGAAGCAUGGAGAUAAAAAUAUACUUGAAUUGAAUUGAAUUGAAUUGAAUUGAAUUGAAUUGAGUUAUGCAAGUGUUUCAAAGUUUUAUCUGUACAUCCCGGUGAAAGGUGAUAUGCCGGUGUAUGACGUGAAGCCAGAAAACGAACCUGGUAGAGUUCGAAUUCUUCAUCGCAACCAUCUCCUUCCUUGCGAGUUUCUUGCCAAAGAUGAGCGAGAAGUACCGAAUCCCUGUACACCACAUCGCAGAGUGACACGAUCCCAACGCAGGUCUCCAAAUUCACGUGAACACAGUGACGAUAGUUCAGCAGAUGAGGACAUUCAAUUCAGUAUUCCUGAAGCACAGAAUCAACCGAUGUCACAAGACUCAUUUGCAAAUAUAUGUCCAGAAGUUGAACCUUUCAAUCCAGAGCCUCAGACGGAACCUUUCAAUCCAGAGCCGCAGAUGGAACCUUUCAAUCCAGAGCCUCAGACGGAACCUUUCAAUCCAGAGCCGCAGAUGGAACCUUUCAAUCCAGAGCCUCAGACGGAACCUUUCAAUCCAGAGCCGCAGAUGGAACCUUUCAAUCCAGAGCCGCAGAUGGAACCUUUCAAUCCAGAGCCGCAGACGGAACCUUUCAAUCCAGAGCCGCAGACGGAACCUUUCAAUCCAGAGCCUCAGACGGAACCUUUCAAUCCAGAGCCGCAGACGGAACCUUUCAAUCCAGAGCCGCAGAUGGAACCUUUCAAUCCAGAGCCGCAGAUGGAACCUUUCAAUCCAGAGCCGCAGAUGGAACCUUUCAAUCCAGAGCCGCAGAUGGAACCUUUCCAUCCAGAGCCGCAGACGGAACCUUUCCAUCCAGAGCCGCAGACGGAACCUUUCAAUCCAGAGCCUCAGAUGGAACCUUUCAAUCCAGGGCCUCAGAUGGAACCUUUCCAUCCAGAGCCGCAGAUAAAACCUUUCCAUCCAGAGCCUCAGACGGAACCUUUCAAUCCAGGGCCUCAGAUGCAACCUUUCAAUCCAGGGCCUCAGAUGGAACCUUUCAAUCCAGGGCCUCAGAUGGAACCUUUCAAUCCAGAGCCGCAGAUGGAACCUUUCCAUCCAGAGCCGCAGAUGGAACCUUUCCAUCCAGAGCUGCAGACGGAACCUUUCAAUCCUGGGCCUCAGAUGGAACCUUUCAAUCCAGGGCCUCAGAUGGAUGAUACAACCCCAGCUACUCCGGAUGAUGAUGGGCCUCAUGUUGAACCCAGCAUUGCCACAGACACUGCAGAUGCGAAAACGUACACCAAGGAUAAUUUGGAGACAGUUGAGCAUUUCGUAUCAAACCCAGAUGUGGCCGAGGAACCAGAAGAACACUUGCGUCGAACACGAAAACCCCCCACCCACUUUACAUAUGAUGUCUUGGGUGAGCCCGGAGUACACAAUGUCCAGCAUGAAGUGAUCCCUACAGGUGUUUCUCCUUUACAACCACCAUUUCAAGGACCACACAUGAGUUCUCCUUCGAUGCCUCUGCCAUCUGGUUGGACGUGGCUGCCACAGCUUCAGCGUUUUGUAUGGGUACCGCCCAUAAGUCUUCCUCCUUCAUUGGUGCACAUGUACCCUUUAGGGGCCACUGCCAGCGAGGUAGCUGUAUGUUGGACGGAUCCGAUAGAUGUAGUUGAAGUUUGAGUAAAUGGAACAAGGACAGAUGGUUACUGAGUUUUUGAUUUUGCUGGCCAGCACCCGAGUUGAAGUGAUGUGAGCAGUGUCAUUCGUUCUGGGAUUGUUUGCCCAAGUUGGACGCCGAAGACUACUUCAUAGAGACUUUAGAAGCUCAGCAUAAGAGACACUUGUUCCAGAAGUUGAAUGUAAACUUUAGGCAACACAAGUUGUUGAACAUCUCAGUCAGUAUUUUGAUGACUAGUUUGUCUGAUCAGGAGGUUUAGAUUUUCUGGAAUUAGCUACUCUAGAAUCCCUGGCCCCGAUAUUCAUUUCGUGUUUGGGAAACACCUACUGAAUAGCAAAUGUUUUUUUGCAUGACUGAGUCUGUUAUCCGUCCCACUGGUUCACAGAUACGGUACUCAUUUUUUUUAGAAAAAAGUUUGGCAAUGUUUUAAAUUUGUUGAUCUGGUUUUGAAAAGUUUCAAUGCUAACGGAAAUGUUGAGGACAACAUUUGUUUUUCCAGGGGAGAAUGUAGGGACCUUUGAAAGAUCAGGUAAAAGUAAGUGUAUAAAAAUAGAUUUAGCCCCCCUAUCAAAUUUUUGUUAAACAGCCUUUCAUUAGUGAUUUUUAGCUGUUCCAUGCCAUGCAUAGUAAAUAUAACACCCAUUACAGAACCAGCAUGAAACAGCAGUUGGGCAUACUGGAAACCAUGUGCAGGGACCAUGUGAGUUUUGGUGCUGUGUGACCUUCAUGUCAUUCUGUGGAUGACUGGAGAAUUCAAGUAUUGACUAAAACUUGUUGAGCAGCAAACUCAUUUCUGUGUCUGUUUUCCUUUCAUUCCAGACAAAUUUAAUGUGAUUCUUCACUGUUUGAAAUCAACCUAACAUUGAGGUGUAACAUAUCUAUACACUGUGUGUCCAGCUUUGAGGGAGGAUGACCCAAAACGAAUAGCUCAUAGAUUAGCUCCUAAAUCCUCACCAAAUGUUCAAGACAUCCUGACAAAAACCUCAUGACAAGGUUUUAAUAUUUCUAUUUGAAAUACACCCUGGUACGAAGCAAGAUGGUCGAAACGAGCCAAUGAUUAUGUUGCAGUAAAGUUGAAGGAAUCAAAGGAUUAUAAUUAUAUACCCGACAUGAUGGCAUCGAUCCUGAAGACGAGAUUUGAGGAUACAUGUAUGUAUCCAUACAAUGUGUGUCCAGCUAUGAGGGAGGACGACCCAAGGCAUUAAUUCACUGCUGUGUGAGCCAUCAUAUUUAAAAUGCUUCAAAGAUGUGCAGGAAGUACUACGCGAGGCAAUGUAAUAGGUAGGCUUGCUUCUAACAUCAAGCAGUUUGAGUGAGAUCGAUGAAACUGUGGAAUCUUUGACAACACUAACAUAUUAUUCUAAAGUAAUGUAACAACUGAAUUUAUGAGAAAUUAUAUAGACUGUAUGGCCAAAUAUACAAGACAUGUAUGUUGUGUCAUCUCUCAAUGUCUCCAAAUAUUUUUUGGCUUUGUUUGCUUGCUUGUUUGUUUGUCUAAUUGUUUGUUUGCACACUUGUAUAAUACACAAUUCUACUCUGUCUUUAAUUUCACAAUUGUUUUGCCAAUAAAGUGAUUUCCACGGUAUCCAUAUAUACUCUUUGAUCAUUCUUAAAAGACAAAAAGCCGACUUGAAGCAGCCACCCCUGAAUCCAGCAAGAACCCAUAAGCCAACCCCAUAAGAGUCGAGCGACCAGCCAGAUGGUUACUUGUUUCUGGUGCAGAUGUAUCUGCCCAGAUGACAGUGGCUUCUUGGACCAUUUCCAUUCAAAACAUAACACAAAGAAGACAAAAAGCCGACGUGAAGCAGCCACCCCUGAAUCCAGCAAGAACCCUAAGCCAACCCCAUAAGAGUCGAGCGACCAGCCAGAUGGUUACUGGUUUCUGGUACAGAUGUAUUUGCCCAGAUGACAGUGGCACCAUUUCUAUUCAACGAAGAAGGUGAGUCAGGUGAAAAUAGUAGUUAGGCUUGUUGUUCAAUAACAUAUCCCAAAGCAUCGAUGUACAUGGGGAGGGUUCUUGUAUAAGAGAUUUUGCCUUUGUAACGCCUGGAACCAUCACAUUUUGGAUGAAGGAGAGGAGACCCUUUGAGGAAGCCAUUAUAUGAACAAAAUCUUUAAGAUGUGCAGGAAGUACUUCACAAUUGUCGCACAGUUCAACCAAAGAUAAUGACGUAAAGACGACAAUAGUUGAUUGCUAUGCAAGCCAUCAUAUGAAAAAUGCUUCAAAGAUGUGCAGGAAGUACUACAAGCAAAAUUUCCGCGAGCGAUGUAAUACUAGGUAGGCUUGCUUCUAACAUCAAGCAGUUAGAGUGAGAUCGAUGAAACUGUGGAAUCUUUGACAAUACUAACACAUUCUAAAGUAACAACUGAACAUGUGAGAACUCAUUACAUAAGUUAAAAUGUAAAUUUGACAGGGGCAAAAGAGGAGAUUCCUUGUGAUAGUCAUGCAUUUACAAGUAGAUCCUUCUUUUUAAUGUGUGUCGAUGUUUUGCAAUAAAUGGAACCUAAAUUGUCCCAAUUGUAAAGAAAAGAAAAAAAAAAAAAAAAAAAAAAAGGAAUACAAACAUGGUCUACAACUCAUCUCUGCCCAUUGGGUAAUAUCCGGCUCUGAAGAAAUCGAAAGAAAGCUUUUUGUUAAAGUGUACCACAUACUGACGACGAGUGGCAAUCAACAGUUUACGAUACGCAGAGAUCAAAAUUUGAUUUAACCUAAACACCAGACUAAAGACACCAAUUAAAGAAAAUUUUACAUGGCCAACGCAAGACUGACAAUGCUGUGAAGAUCGACCUAGGAAUUCCUAAGAACUUAUUCCAGGACGUUGCCUCCCUUGGAUCCAAGAGCAAGGGUUCUUGUAUAACCCUUCAGUCAACAGCCGACUUAAACUGCUUGCUUGGCGAAGGCUGCAAUUGGAGAGUGUUUAAUUCCAUGGGAACUUUUGCCUUUGAACCAUGACAUUUUGGAUGAAGGAGAGGAUCGAAGACCCUUUGAGGAAGCCAUCAUAUGAAAAAUGCUUCCAAGAUGUGCAGGAAAUACUACAGAUUUGUCACACAGCUCGGCAAAAGAUAAUGACUUAUAAAAGACAAUAGUUCACUGCUGUGCAAGCCAUCAUAUGAAAAAUGCUUCAAAGAUGCGACGCACAUGUCAAUGGAUUUCCGUCAUUGCAGAUGUUCAACAGCCCAUUCUAGGCGCCGAUUUCCACCGACAUUUCAACUUGAUGGUCGACAUGCGACAUUGCCGACUACUUGAUGCAACGACAAAUUCUGUAGUCAACGGCAUUGCAUCCAAGGCACAAUCGGUAAGUCCCAUGUUCGCUCAAAUUGACUCAUGCUCCCCAUAUUAUCUACUAUUGCCCAAUUUUCCGACCAUCACGCAACCUUCCUAUGCGGAAAGAGCCAUUAAGCAUGACGUUACGCACCACAUUGACACUAAGGGACCCCCCACAUCAGCCCGUGCUCGUCGCCUUGCACCGGACCGACUCACCAUCGCUAAACGCGAAUUCGAACAUAUGCUACAACUUGGUGUAGUCCGCCCCUCCAAAAGCAAUUGGGCAUCUCCAUUUCACAUGGUUCCUAAAAAGACCACCGGUGAUCUGUUUGGGAAGGGGUCUGUUAGUGACUGUAGAAGUCAAAGAUGAAGAUUGGCAGCUCGCUGAAGUACAUGUAGUGACAACUGCACGGUUGAAAAAAAAAAUUUUAAGACUUAAAUACUUGAAGUCGAGUUGACAAGGAUUGUCAUGCUACUUCUAGCAAUUGAGAGUGGUAAAAUCAAUCAGCAAGAUUGUCUGCUUAAACGGCUCUAUUGGGCCCUGUAAAACCAUUUGAUAUCAGGUUUUUUUCAUUCCUGUCCUUCUGACUACACCAUGCAAAGCUUCAAAUCCAAACACUUCUCAACUGAUAAAUAUCCAGCUGAAAAAUCUUAAUUGGCUAAGUAAUAUAAACUAACCGCAAUGCGAGGGCACUAGACCAAAUUUCUGUAAUCUACUAUGAUUUUAAAAAUAAUGUACAAUUUGCAAACUUUCCUUAAGGUUAUAAACAAAUUGUCUUGAGGAAUAUUUCUGUUAAAAUAUUGACAUAAUACUUACCCCCCCCCCAACCAUUCACUUUCUAUUUGAAUUUACCAAAACAAAAUGAUAUUUCUGUUUG